CGGGCGCGGAGCCGCGGCGCGAGCGCCACCAGCGCCACCAGCGCCACCAGCGCCAUGGUCUCCUGGAUCAUCUCCCGCCUCGUCGUGCUGAUAUUUGGCACUCUUUACCCUGCUUAUUAUUCUUACAAAGCCGUGAAAUCCAAGGACAUCAAAGAAUAUGUCAAAUGGAUGAUGUACUGGAUUAUAUUUGCGCUCUUCACAACAGCAGAGACGUUCACAGAUAUCUUUCUUUGCUGGUUUCCAUUCUACUAUGAACUCAAAAUAGCUUUUGUAGCUUGGCUGCUCUCCCCAUACACAAAAGGUUCCAGCCUCCUGUACAGAAAAUUUGUUCACCCAACACUGUCUUCAAAAGAAAAGGAGAUUGACGACUGCCUUGUCCAGGCGAAGGAUCGGAGCUACGAUGCCCUCGUGCACUUCGGGAAGCGGGGGCUGAACGUCGCGGCCACGGCGGCCGUCAUGGCAGCCUCCAAGGGACAAGGGGCUCUGUCCGAGCGGCUAAGGAGCUUCAGCAUGCAGGACCUCUCGACGAUUCGAGGAGACAGCAGCACCUCUGUUCCUCCCUCGGUCACUGUACGAACAAGUAGCAAACAGAGCCAGGCAAAAGCAUCCAGGAGUGCAUCGGAAGGCACUGSCAGCUCAGGCACCGCCUAGGACCCUUAGAUCCCGCUUCAGGAAGAAAAGUACCUCGUCCUCCGCCACCGAAACAAUGUGAGUGCAAUGAGCCAAUAGCACCAAGAUCCACAGAAUGUCUCUCUUCUGCCUUAACGAGCUACGUGUUAACAAUGUAGGAAGCAGCAGCGGGAUGGAUGUGCUUUGCUGUACGGCCUGGUAGCCACGGCCUUUCUCGCUCCCCUCUCCGUAUCCUUCCGUGAAGCCUCCGCGCGCGACGUGGUGGGGAUGGUCUGUCGAGGGUGCAGGCCCCUGUUCCCCUCGUGGAUACACCCACCCCGUAAGGCUGUACAUUUGUAACUCCCGUUUGUGUCUGCAUAGCUCUAGCGCGGGGAAUGCUCAGUGCAAACAAAACUAAGCAAUCGCUCACGGUGGUUCACAGUGCAUUUACUUACGGCUUUACCGUUCAUGAGGUGGAUUUGCAGAAGCCAUGGAUUUUUCUUCCCUCCCUUCCUCCUCAGGACUGUGAGUGACAUAGCGAGUGCUGCAUUAUUGUGACUGUACAAAGAUGCCCACGAUCGAUUAGCGGACGCUGCAACUCCAUUUCUCUUUCUGCAAAGCUAUCACAUGUAUUCAGAGAAAAUCAUUGCGCUAAAAAUGUAGAGACAGAGCCACUUAGAGAGGAUGAGG